AUGGCUUCUCUGUUUGACCCACUCUCUAUUGCCCAAGAGACGGUUAAAACUAUCGAAGGAGUAGGAUCACACAGACCCGACCCGCCAAGGUUCAAGGUCAGGAUCCCGGUCAAUCCUGGAGAAUGGGCCAAAAAAGAGGCGUUCCAGCGGCAACACAACCUGCUGAAGUGGAGUGCUUACCACGCCAAAACACUUUCCAGGGUCGACAAAAAGACUUUUAAGCUGCCGAAAAUAAGCGCCACCAAAAGCUCCAUUGCUAGCGGCAUCACGGACGUGGGGCAGGCACGCGAAGUGGACGAGGAAGCCAGGAGUGUCCGUACAAUGCUGGAAUCCCACGAGAGCUCUAUUGGAGUCAUACGUGAGGAGGAAGAUGAAGAUG